AAAUGGCAGUAGUAAUUGGAAUUUGACUUCUGAGUCUACCUUGUCCAAUUUCGUCGCGACCGCGUUUCAUUGCCUUUCCUUUCUCCGGCAUCUUUCCCUUUCCCAAUUCCGCCGCCCCAACCACCGCACCCCUGCAAAACCCUAAUCAAGAUCCGCCAAUCCAAGAAUUACAUUGAAGUAUUCGAGCUGCGCAGAGGAAUCAAGAGUUUGCGUGCGUUGUUCGAUUAAUGGAUUUGGCUUCAACCCGCUACAAUGCAUCGCAUACCGAAAUUCUUCGCUCAUAGUUCCAAUCGGCGCAAGGGUGGGGGUAAUUCGGGCUCGAAUCCCCUAUCAGGGAAGCGGAAGCCGAGGUUGGAGCGGCUCAACGCCAAGAAGAAUUUCAAUUACGAGUUCUUUCCGUCUUCAGCUUCGGCUUCUUCGUCGUCUUCGUACUACUCGUCGGAGGAUUCCCCGCCCACGAGUUCGAUAGAUUUGUAUUGCGGCAAGACGAGCUUCCGCGUAGAUGCGAGCGGUGGCGAGAUCGAAAUUCUUUGCAAAAGGUUGGGGUUUUCGGGAAUUGAUGAUUUUGCAAUACCCGUUGAGGAGUACGAGGCUAUGAAGGUGAAAUCCUGUUCAACGCCGAUUGGAUUUAGUCGGAAAAUUGAUGGUUUAUUAGAUCGGAAACUGGAUGCUGAUUUUGAUGAAGAAAGUGGUUUGUCAAGUGAAGUGGAUUGUAUUGAUGUUGUCGAUGCGGUUAGUUUUGAAAUUGAAGGCAAUGGAAUGUAUCUUCGAUUAGCAGAAAUUAGUGAUGAUAUGAUCAGUAAAUGUAAGGAAGGCUCUGAUUCAGGUUAUAUAGGUAGAAAUGGAGCUAAUAAUUUAGGUAGCAAAAUCGUGGAUAGGAGAGUGCCAAGUGAUUCAAUGUUGAGUGAUAAUCUUGUCGGGACAGUUGUUGAGGUCCAUGGAAAUGGUAUUAAGGGUGUUCGGCCUCCGGUCCUUGCACCACCAUCUCCAACAUCGUUUCCUGAGAUUGAUCAAGAACGCUCAACUUGGAAUCUGUUUGGGGCAUCUGUGCCGGCUAGCGAACUAUGUAUCUCUAGGCUUGAGUAUGGAUUUUGCUUUGAUGAGGCAGGUUGUCAGAAAAGGAGUGAGGAUCAGGAUCCGGAAGAGGAUAGGAGGGAAAGAGGAAUGGCACGGGAUGAGAACUGCUUGCUCUCGGGAUCUUGUUCUUUUACCACAACUUCCAUUGACGAUGAUUCUUCGAGCAUCAUGACUGAUCCAUUGUCAAGUAUUUCUCCUGAUGGUGGAUAUAGGCGAAUUAUUUUGGAAUGGCAGAAGGGUGAGCUGUUGGGCCGCGGUUCCUUUGGGUCAGUCUUCGAAGGAAUUGCUGAUGGUGGAUUCUUUUUUGCGGUAAAGGAAGUGUCCUUGCUUGAUCAAGGGGAUGCAGGGAAGCAACGGAUUAUUCAACUUGAACAGGAAAUUGCUCUACUGAGUCAAUUUAAACACGAGAAUAUCGUCCAAUAUUACGGCACAAAAAGGGAUGAAUCACAUCUCUAUAUUUUUCUGGAGCUCGUAACGAAAGGAUCCCUUCUAAGGCUUUACCAAAAGUAUAUUCUUAGAGAUUCACAAGUCUCUGCUUAUACAAGACAGAUUCUACAUGGUUUGAAAUAUCUACAUGACAGAAACGUCGUGCACAGAGAUAUCAAAUGUGCAAACAUAUUGGUUCACACUAAUGGUUUAGUGAAGCUUGCAGAUUUUGGCCUUGCUAAGACCACCAAAUUGAAUGAUGUAAAUUCAUGCAAGGGAACAGCAUUCUGGAUGGCUCCUGAGGUUGUUAGGAGUAUGGGCUAUGGGCUUGCUGCUGAUAUAUGGAGCCUUGGAUGCACUGUUCUGGAGAUGCUAACCCGACAAUUUCCGUACCACAACUUGGAAUGCAUGCCGGCAUUAUUCAAGAUCGGACAGGGUGAGAGACCACCUGUUCCCAAUUCUCUCUCCAGCGAAGCUCGCGAUUUCAUCCUUAAAUGCUUGCAAGUUGACCCAAGAUUACGGCCAUCAGCCGAACAGCUCUUGGAUCAUCCCUUUGUGAAGCAACCCCUCCCCUCCUCUGCCUACAACUCCCCUCGCUAUUUUGCCAGGCGAAUAUGAAUCAUUUACACAUCUUCAGGAGGCCGCCCCGCCCCAUCUGCACCUCGCCAGGGUUCUUUUUCGCCUGCAGCCCUCCAAUCUUCACAUUGGAGUGAGUCAUUUUGUUUUUAUUUUUUUGGCUUUGUGUGGGAUUAGUUUUCUCCACGUAUCCUGCUUGUUUGUUUUCUUGAUUUGCUGUUUGGGAAUUUGCCUUCCCAGGCGGCAAGCUGUGGUUUUGAUAGUGUAUCUAUGUAUUUUAAGUAGUAGGGGAUUGUAUAGAUCAAACCCCAUUUAAAUUGUAUAUAUUACACUUGUAUUGUUAUCAUCAUUAUUAUUGUGUAGUGUAGUAAUAUUAUAUGUAUCUGGUUUUGAUUGUG